CCAGCCGGAGUGUCCACCGCAGCGCACACAUCACACAAGUCAUGUGAUACCUGUAGCGGGUUCUCCGUUCUAGUAGUGUGUGUUGGGGUUGGACAUCAUGCUGCUCGUUCUGAGUGACGAGCACCGCGAACACCUGCGGAUCCUCACACAGGUGGAGAGUGCGGUUGUUGGAGAGUUUGGCAGAAUUGCUAUUGAAUUUUUACGGAAGGGUUCCAAUCCAAAAGUGUAUGAAGGCGCUGCAAGGAAGUUAGAGGUCAGUAGUAGCACCAUUCAGCAGGCUGUAGAGGGGCUGACUUACCUUCUCACGGAGAGCUCCAAGCUUAUGGUCUCCGAAAUAGAUUUUCAAGAUUCUGUGCUGGUCCUGGGAUUCUCAGAAGAAUUGAAUAAAGUUCUUAUCCAGCUAUAUCUAGAUAAUAGGAAAGAGAUCCGCCAAAUUCUGAGUGAGCUGGAACCAGAUUUACCACAUUACCACAACCUGGAGUGGCGACUGGAUGUUCAGCUUGCCAGCAGAAGUCUAAGGCAUCAAGUAAAACCCACCAUGAUAAUGAAACUCCAUCUGAAGCAGAACGACGAUGUCAACACCAGUGUAUUACAGACAGACCCCGCCACACUAAUCCACAUCAUCCAGGAACUGGAGCAAGCUCUCGCAGAGAUGAAGACCAACCACUGUCGCAGAAUUGUGCGCAACAUUAAAUAAACCGUUUGGCAUUUCAGGCCUUAUGCUCAGAGAAGAUAAAAUUGUUCUUGUUGCCUCGGAUCUCUGUCUCCUGCAUAACGGGACAAUGAAAGAUAUAGGCUUCAUUGACACGGCUGUGAAAAAAUGCAUAUACUGUACAAGUGUUUUUUUAAAUUCGGGAUCUGACUGCAGCCGCAUUUGUUUUCAAUUGAGCCAUUCACAUAGGACAUGAGCUGCUUUCAGAUCUGUAAUACAGAAUGCAUUAAUCUGCAUCCAAGAACACGCACUUAUGCAUAUAAACACAUGUAUACACGUUUGUUAAAUUAAAGGGGUUGUAAAGGUUUGUUUUUUAUUUUCUAAAUAGGUUCCUUUAAGCUAGUGCAUUGUUGGUUCACU